UUAGCGUGCAUGUAACAGGUCAUAUGCAGGAGUCAAGUCAGGAGACUUGAAGUAGAAAAAGAACAGGGAUAGGAAAUCAAGACUGGCUGGACUAUUCAUCAAACUGAAUGUGGGCAGCAAACAGAUGACGUAUUGAAGGAGUGAGCUAAGGUAUUGAGUACGCUCAUUUCAAAAUUGCAGCAUGUGGUCUCGUGCGGGAUCAUAUUCGUAUGCAUCCCAGUUUAAUGGGACUAUCUUAACAGUAUAACUGUUUUCGGUGAGGUGAUUUCUCUUAAAAAUAAAAAUUAGUUUAUUUUAGUGUCCACAUGGAGGCGUUAUAGACCGUCACUUUGGGCUGGCUGCUCGUAAUCUGCAGCUCCUCCCAGAUUCACAGGAUGAAUAUUUCUCAGGCGAUCAAGACAAAGAAACGAAAAAAGGGAGCGAGAAAGACUCGGCGGAGAUUAUUUGUGCUACGUUUGAAUCAAUAGAUUCUUGUUUUUAAAGGAAACCGGUUUCUUUUUUUCAUUCUGGAUGUAUAGAAUUAUGCUUUUCCCGGACAGAUCGAGGGCUUUGUGGAUUUAUUAUGUCGUCGCUCUGCUUGGUUGUUUCUGGGAAGCGAUUUCUGGUCAGCUGUCUUACUCCGUUUCAGAGGAAGCAAAUCUGGGGACUUUUGUUGGAAAUGUGGCCAAAGAUUUAAACCUAAACGUGCAGGAUUUGCAGUCGCGCAUGUUCCAGAUUGUUGCGGGAUCAAAGAAAAAGUAUUUUGAGGUAAAUCUAAAGACCGGUGCGCUUUACGUGUGCAAGAGAAUAGACAGAGAGGAGCUCUGCGGCCAUGAAGCCAAAUGUUCAAUUACUGUAGAAGCGGUGAUUAAUAAUCCUCUCAAACUGUACCGCAUAGAAAUCUCAAUUUUAGAUGUAAAUGAUAAUUCCCCAUCAUUUCUCAGCAAGUUACAAACAAUGAACAUUAGUGAAAACACGGCAAAUGGCGCACAAUUUCCCAUCCAUCCUGCUCACGACGCAGACGUCGGGAAAAACGCAAUCAACAGCUACAAACUGAGUCCAAAUGAAUAUUUUUCUCUGGAAACACACAAAGGAGGAAGUGUAUCGCCCGAACUUGUACUUAAAAAAUCAUUAGACAGAGAAAAACAAUCAGUGGUUCAGCUCACUCUAACUGCUGUAGAUGACGGAACUCCUCCUAAAUCGGGCACAAUGGUGAUCCUAGUAAACGUUCUUGACAUAAAUGAUAACCCCCCUGUUUUUACGCAAGUGCUGUAUAAAGCGACAGUAAGAGAAAAUGUCAAAGUUGGCACAUCUUUGAUAACAUUAAAUGCAACUGAUGUAGACGCAGGAUCCAAUGGACAAGUUUCAUAUUCAUUCAGUAAAGUGGGUCAAGAAAAGCAAACAGAACUUUUUGAAAUAGAUGAAAAAACGGGCACAGUAAGAAACAAAAAGAAUAUUGACUUUGAGGAAAAUAACGCUUUUGAAAUUCAAGUGCAAGCCAGUGACGGAGCUUCUUCUCCUCUGACUUCACAUUCAAAAUUAUUAAUUGAAGUUGUAGAUGUUAAUGACAAUGCUCCAGAAAUUUCUGUCACUUCCCUUUUAAGCUCUGUCAAAGAGGACGUGAGCACUGGUACUGCCAUCGCUCUCGUGUCCGUGUUUGACAAAGACAGCGGAAAAAAUGGAAUGGUCACAUGUAAAAUCUCCAAUGACGUCCCUUUUAAAUUAGAAAACAAUUAUAAAAACUACUACUCGUUAGUAGUGGACGGUGAGCUGGACAGAGAGAUUGCUCCUCAAUACAAUAUAAGCAUCACCGCUGCAGAUGAAGGGAGACCUCCUCUGUCCAGCACGAGUGUGAUUCAUGUUCAAGUGUCAGACAUUAAUGACAACAGACCUCUGUUCACAGAAAACAUCGUAAACAUAUUUAUGAAGGAAAACAGUCCAUCAGGAAGCGUUUUGAAAACAGUGUCAGCAGUUGAUGCAGACAUUGAACAAAAUGGGCGGGUGACCUAUUCACUUUUACAUACCAACAUUAACUCAAUGCCACUGUCCACUAUGAUAAAUAUCCGGUCAGAAACAGGAGAAAUAAUCAGCCUUCAGUCAUUUGACUAUGAGAAUUUGAAAACAUUCCAGUUCAAAGUCCAGGCCACAGACUCUGGAGUUCCUCCGCUCAGCAGCAACGUGACUGUGAACGUUUUUGUUCUGGAUGAAAAUGACAACAGUCCCUCCAUUCUUGCUCCUUACUCUGAGCACGGCUCCGUUAACAGCGAGAACAUCCCAUAUUCUGCUGAAGCGGGAUACUUUGUUGCCAAGAUCAGGGCUGUGGACCCAGACUCUGGAUACAAUGCACUGCUUUCUUAUCACCUGUCUGAGCCCAAAGGAAACAACCUGUUCAGGAUUGGAACCAGCAGCGGGGAGAUCAGGACUAAGAGGAGAAUGAGCGACAAUGACCUGAAAAGUCACCCCUUGCUGGUGCUGGUUUCUGAUAACGGAGAACCUUCUCUGUCAGCUACUGUGUCUAUUGAGGUGGUGGUGCUGGAAAGCACCGCUGACAUGCAGACUCCGUUCAGACACGUGCCUCUAAAGGAGGACAGCUUCUCGGAUUUGAACCUGUACCUGCUGAUCGCCAUAGUGUCGGUGUCCGUCAUCUUUCUGCUGAGUCUCAUCAGUCUGAUGGCUGUCAGAUGCCACAGGACAGACGGAAGUUUCAGCAGAUACAGCGCUCCAAUGAUCACCACCCACCCUGACGGGAGCUGGUCUUACUCAAAAGCUACUCAGCAGUACGACGUGUGUUUCAGUUCGGACACACUCAAGAGUGACGUGGUGGUUUUCCCAGCACCGUUUCCUCCUGUAGAUGCAGAACUGAUCAGUAUAAACGGAGCAGACACUUUUACCAGAACUCAGACUUUACCCAACUCAGAGAAGGUAAGAACAUCAUUUGAAUAACUUGUUUCAAAACAAUAAGAAUACGACUUUUCACCAAACAUUGCCCUUUUUAUGUUCAGGCAUUUUUUUGGUUCAAGUUUACCUCAACAUCUUUAUUACGAUAGAAAGCAAUAAUAUUUCUUUUAAUUUUAAUCAUGCUUAAUUUGUUUUUUACUUUGUCCUUAGAACGAAAGCCUUAUUUCUCCCAAAAGGUCAGCCCCCUAACAACUGUUUGCUGUCCAAGGUGCUGAAAUCAUGUUAACAUUAACAGGCGUUUUGGCUUUUUUUUUUUUUUUAACAUUCCCUUCCGUUAAACAAAGAAAAUUUAAUGAUAGGAUGAUUUAAAUAAGAUUUUACAGUCACUUCUACAAACACUUGCAAAAA